AUGACUCCAAAGAAGACUACCACAGUCUCUAAAGCGGCUGAGCCUCAUGGCUAUGAAUUUGGUGGACCAAUAGGAGCUUUUGGUAUAUCCUUCGGACUUCCCCUUCUCUGCUACGCGACGACGUUUCUCUGCAAUGAUAUUUCUGGAUGUCCAGUUCCCUCCUCGCUCUCCCCUUCGACCCUUACAAUCAACAGUCUAAAACAAGAGGUUGGAUGGCCAGAAAAUGGACUUGCGGGUUUGUCAAGUUGGGAUGUAUUUCUCAAAGUAGUAGGAUACUACUUUCUAAGCAUGGUCUUGCAUAGGAUCUUGCCGGGCGAGGAAAAGCUAGGUGUUGAGCUUGCUAGUGGGGGAAAGCUCAAAUACAAGUUCAAUACUUGGUCUUCUACGAUGUUUACAUUCGCUCUAUGCGCCGCAGGAACUAUCGCCCAGGGAGCAGAUUUCCCAGUCUGGACUUUUAUCUACGACAAUUACCUACAAAUCCUUACAGCCAAUAUCAUCAUCUCCUACGGUCUUGCCACUUAUGUAUAUAUCCGCAGUUUUAGCAUCAAACCUGGCAAUCCCGAGCUCCGCGAAUUGGCUGCUGGAGGUCAUACCGGAAAUAUGCUAUACGAUUGGUUUAUUGGACGUGAACUCAACCCAAGAGUAACUCUCCCUUUACUUGGCGAGAUUGAUAUCAAGGAAUUUUGUGAGCUACGACCAGGUCUUAUGGGAUGGCUUUUAAUGGAUUACGCAUUUGUUGCCCAUCAAUACAAGACUUACGGAUACGUUACCGAUAGUAUCUUGCUAAUUACAGCCUUCCAAACACUGUAUGUGCUUGAUUCAUAUUGGAUGGAAAAUGCCAUCCUCACCACCAUGGAUAUUACCACUGAUGGGUUUGGACUCAUGCUAUCAUUUGGAGACUUGGUCUGGGUUCCAUUCAUCUAUUCUCUCCAAGCACGUUACCUAGCCGUUUACCCCCUUUCUCUUGGCGUUCUUGGCACCAGCGGUGUCCUCGCUGUUCUAGGCAUCGGAUAUUACAUCUUCCGUAGUUCCAACAACGAAAAGAACCGCUUCAGAACCGACCCGACAGAUGCCCGUGUCGCACACCUUAAAUACCUAGAGACGAAAUCCGGCUCCAAACUUCUCAUUUCGGGCUGGUGGGGUGUAGCUCGUCAUAUCAACUAUGCUGGUGAUUGGAUUAUGGCUUGGUCUUACUGUCUUCCCACCGGUAUCGCUGGCUAUCUCAUCAAUCAUAGCUCGGUAGCUCCCACAUCAGGCCAAUCUCUCGUCGACGGUUCAUUUGUGUAUAGUGGACCAGCAGUGCACACGGAAGUCACACAAGGGGCAGCUAGAGGCUGGGGAAUGAUCAUUACAUAUUUCUAUGUGGUUUACUUUGGUGUCUUGUUGGUGCAUAGAGAAAUGAGGGAUGAGGAGAAAUGCGAAAGAAAGUACGGUGAGGAUUGGAAGAGGUAUAAGGAGAUUGUCAGGUACAGAAUUAUCCCGGGAAUCUAUUAA